CUAAAAAGUGAGUUAAGUUAAAACCGGCCUAAAAGUAUAAAAUUGGGUUGAGAAACUACAAUUCUUUAGUUUAAGAAAGUGGCUGAACAGUACAACACGUUAUGUCUGGUGUACACAGCAAAGGACCAGUAUUAAACUUAACAGAACUUCAGGCGAACGCUCUAAAGCGUAUUAUCGCUCUUCAACACCAAGACAUUCUGGUCAAAAAUGAGCGGCUAAGAGGGGUAGAGGACUUAACAAGAAUAUGCAGUGAAUUGGAAGAAAAACGGCAGAGUUGGCAGACAAGAGCGGGCAAUUAUGAAAUGGCUUUGAGGCUGGCUGAAACGAGAAUCGCGUAUUUGAACAGGAAGCUUGGAAUUGGUCCCCAAACGCGGACUUUUGGUAUCGAUGUAGUCAAUCCAGGGAUUUCAAUAAAGGAUUUCGACGCAGUUACCAAAGAGAAUAUCAGGCUAAAAGAAGCGUUGGAACAUAUCGUACCAACAGAAUUGGGCGGUAAAGACAUAGUCAUUGUAAGUAUGAUAGAAAUUUAAUUUAUACACGCUGACGGGCAGAGUCAUGUGCCAAAAUUUUACAUGUACAAAAAAGUGAUAUUUAGAGCUAUUUAUUAUAUCUUUUAAAAGAUAU